AUGCCUCCUGAACGCGCCAAUGUCCCGGUGAAGCUGUCCUUGCCUCUGCAAUACCAGCAGGACAUCUUCACCGAACUGCGCACCGAAGAUGAGCUUGUUAUCCUUGCCCGGGGCUUGGGCCUGUUACGUCUGGUGACAAAUUUACUACACUUUUAUGAUGCCGCAGGCAACAAUCUUGUCCUAGUCGUUGGGGCUGAUGCUCGCGAGAAUGAAUGGAUCGGUGAAGCCCUGGCAGAGCAUUAUGCCAUUAGCAAAACAUUCAUGGCUAGGGGCCUCAAGGUGAUCAACACCGAGAGAGCUACAGUGUCCAUGCGGGAGAAGAUCUAUGCAGAAGGUGGUAUCCUGAGUGUAACAUCCAGAAUACUCGUCGUGGAUCUAUUGUCAAAACUUCUCGAUCCGGAAAAGAUUACGGGCAUGGUUGUGCUACACGCAGAGAAGAUCAUAGCAACUUCACUUGAAGCCUUCAUCAUUCGCGUGUACCGACAGAACAAUAAGCUCGGUUUUCUCAAGGCCUUUUCCGAUUCCCCAGAGCCGUUCACAACUGGAUUCGCUCCGCUAGCGAAUUCCCUGCGUAACCUUUUCCUUAGGAAAACGUCGUUAUGGCCACGCUUCCAUGUCACUGUUGCGGAGUCCCUAGAAGGAAACAGGAAGGCUGAAGUGAUUGAGCUUGAGGUGCCGAUGACUGACAAAAUGCGCGAAAUCCAGAAUGCCGUGCUCGAAUGUGUGGAAAUUAGUAUUGCAGAGUUGAAAAAAGCAAAUACCGGAAUUGACAUGGCCGACUGGACAUUGGAUAGCGCAUUGCAUAGGAGCUUUGACAUUGCGAUCAGGCGUCAGCUUGAUCCCAUGUGGCAUCUCGUUGGUUUCAGGACGAGACAGAUUGUCAGCGACCUUUCUGAUCUUCGAGCCAUCCUUCACGCUUUACUUACGUACGAUGCGGUUUCCUUCGUGAAAUACCUGGAUACCAUCGUAACGGCACAUUCCCCUCCCCCUGGCUCGACAAGACAUAAUCACUCUCCUUGGCUUUUCCUCGACGCGGCUCAUGGGCUAUUUCAAACUGCUAAGUCAAGGGUAUAUGAAGGAAAGAUUACCAGCGAUGCGACUCGUACUGCAUCGGGCUCUCUCCCUUCGACUCUCCGACCCGUCUUAGAGGAACAGCCAAAAUGGGCAGUCCUCGCCGAGAUUCUGGAAGAGAUCGAACAAGAUUCUUAUCUGAAUCCCAUGCAUGCGGAUGAUUCUAAUAGUACUGUCUUGAUUAUGUGUACUGAUCAAAGAACUUGUCGGCAGCUCAGAGAGUACCUUGGCACAAUGCAUGCCAGGAUUGACAAGAAUGAGGAAGACAAUACGGAACAUAAUGAUGGCUUUCAAGACAACAGACCUUCCGCGCAAGUCAUGCUACGGAGAAGAUUGCGUGAAUACCUUGAUUGGAAAACAUCGUUGUCAAACGUGAACAAAAAUCUUUCUUCCAAAUCAGACGCAGACACACAGGCCAUAAAAGGUCAAGAGUCUCCAAGAACCACGGGCCAACGAGCUCCUCCGAACAAAAGACGUCGAGUAAGAGGUGGAGGGGCUGCAUCUUCAGCCCCAGCGCGUGUGCCAAAUGCAAGCGUCCAGACUGACACCGAAUUACCGGGUGAGGUGACCAGCUUACUAAAUGAACUACAACCUACCGAUGUUGAAGAAAUACAGAAAGAGGAGAUCAUCAUUGAUGACUUGGAGGAUAUGGAUAACUUCUUCGAGUUGUAUGAUAUGGACGAUCUGGUCAUAGUACAUCCCUACGACGGGGACAUGGAUGAACAGAUAUUGGACGAAGUACGGCCACGGUACAUCAUCAUGUACGAACCUGAGCCUGCAUUCAUUCGACGGGUAGAGGUUUACCGUAGCUCUCAUGUGGGAAGGAAUGUGCGAGUAUACUUCAUCUACUACGGGGGCUCUGUGGAAGAACAGCGUUAUUUGAGUGCAGUACGACGGGAGAAAGAUUCCUUUACGAAGCUCAUCAAAGAGAAAGGGAGCAUGGCUGUCACUCUCACUCAUGAUAAGAGCCAAGAGGAUCCUCAGGAGCUAUUCCUUCGAACCGUUAACACACGCAUUGCCGGAGGAGGCCGUUUGGCCGCAACCGCAUCACCUCCUCGAGUAGUCGUGGACGUUCGAGAAUUCAGAAGCGCUCUCCCGUCCCUUCUACAUGGCAAUAACAUGGUCAUUGUUCCGUGCCAGUUGACAGUUGGCGACUAUAUUCUGACCCCGGACAUCUGCGUCGAGCGGAAAUCAGUCCGCGAUCUCAUUGCCUCCCUGAAAAAUGGCCGCCUCUACAACCAAGCUGAGACGAUGCUCCAGCAUUACAAGAAUCCACUCCUGCUGAUCGAAUUCGAUCAGAACAAAUCGUUCACCUUCGAUGCCUUUGCAUCCUCAUCAAUGCCAGGCACAUCCUUUCUCACUGACUAUGGGUUCUCCUCCUCUGGAACAGGGACAACCACGCUGUCAGCGAGCAGCUCCCUCAUGAAUCCAUCCACUCCCAAAUCCGCCCAGCAUCUCCUCGUCCUCCUCACCCUUACUUUCCCCCGACUGAAGAUCGUCUGGUCUUCUUCCCCAUAUCAAACCGCAGAGAUUUUCGCUGAGUUGAAGAAGAAUAACCCAGAGCCGGAUCCAAUUCGCGCCGUCCAGAUCGGCCUGGACAUGGAUAUCGCCGCGUCGUCACAUCCAGGCGACGUCAUGGCAGCCGCGGGUAUCGAACAUCGUACAUUCAAUGCCCUGCCUCAGGACAUGCUGCGCGCAGUCCCCGGGGUCACGCCCAAGGUCCUCGAGCGCCUGAUCCUUGAAACAGGGAACAUCAAUGAGAUUGCAAAUAUGGACGUUGAACAGCUUGAUCCUCUGGUCGGGAGGGAGGCCGCGCGGAAGAUUGUCGGUUUCUUCCGUAAAAGUGUGUUUGAAACCGGCUGA